AUGUCAUGUAGUGAGUUCCGAACAGUCGACAACGUUGGUGAUGUAACUACGCAGGGGAAGUCAGGAACGCCCAAGGUCAAAGGAGGGCCACGGCCUGCCUUUGCACCGCCCGGUAAUGAUCCACAUGCCAUGUGGCUGCCAGCAAUUGCCAGCCUCCUGGUCUGCAUUCUAGGGGCAUUCCUGGCAUACGGACCUUAUCAAGAUGAUCGAACAUGGAACCUCGUGCGCAACACGGUCUCCCUCGAGCGUGUGGGCAUGCGAGAGUUGGAGCAGAGCCACUUCCGUCUUUACGGCUUGCGGACCGGCACUGGCCCGCGGACGCAGGCGAACUCGGACGGACAAGUUUUGUUCUUGCCCGGUCACGGAGGGGCUUGGACGCAGUCGAUCAACCUGGCGUCGUAUGUUGCCAAGCAGCAGUCUGACAUCCGUUUUUUCGCCGUGGACUUCCAUGCGUCAACCUCUGCCCUUCACUGGUCCGUGGUUGAGGCACAGGCAGACUUCGCCGUUGCAGCGAUCAUCGAACUAGCAAAACCCCAAAGAGGCCCACUUGUGCUGCUGUGCCACUCGAUGGGUGGCCUUGUCGCACUGGAGUCUCUCCGUCUGCUUGGGGCCAGAAGGAGCUUGCUGGCCGGCGUGGUCCUGGUCUCUUCACCAACUGCAGAGCACCCCUUGCUCCUCGAGGCCCGCUUUGCUUAUCGGGCAGCCGCUGCACGUGAGGAGGCGUGGACCUUCCAAUCACCGCCGAUCGUCUCGAUCUCAGGCGGUGCCACAGACGCGCUUGUGCCAAUGACCGCCUCGAUGAUGCCACACAGGGCUCAAGCUGCAACGCUGCUGCUUCCAGCGGCUCGAGAUGUGUACUCCUCAUUCAGUCACGUGAACGUGCUGUUCUCGCGACAUAGCCUCCACGCUCUCUCGGCCCUCCUUCGUGGAGCCUUGGCAGGGCGGCUGCUCCCCACGGCAGAGUCGCUUCGGAGCCCUUUGUCUGGUCUGUUGCAACCGUCCCAGCUUGUGGCCGCUCCGUCGCCGUGGAGCGCACAGAGGUUGAUGGCACAGGUGUCAGACGCCACUUGGAAAACCUUGGCAUCGGAUGCCGCCUUCUCGCAGCUUCCAGAGCAGGAGGCGCAUGCAAUCACGCUGCUUCACGAGCUAGAGGCCGGAGUACUUCAUCUUCUGCCUGCUCCUGAAUCCGGAGGAACCCUGACCCUGAUGCUUCUUGAGGAGCCGCGCCCCAUCAAGCGAACCCCAGAGCCGACGACAAGAGGAGAGAACUUCGAUCCCAAAGAUGUGCUGGAUUGCAAUGCUGCCUUGUCUGCCGUGGUGACCAGCGGCGGUCGGGAUGACUCGGUGGCCUCUUUGCUGGCCGGGUCCGUGUGGAUGGGUGCAGCGCCCGUGAAGUUGCAGUAUCCCAGCAAGGCCUGCUUCUACCAGCUCCCGUCUCCUUCCUCGGCGCAGGGCCAGCGGGGCCUGGCUGCCCUCAUGGUGAACGCCCAGCGGUCUGGCUCGGGCCGUCGCAUCGGCUGGGCGCAGUGGCAGCUUGGUGCAGCGGCGCAGGAUCUGCAAUGUAACCGCGCUGGUGAGAAUCUGCCCCUUGUGUCCUGGUUGGCCUCUGUCGCGUGGCCCGUGAGGUGUAGGCUGCCAGCAGGCCGAGGGCUCCUCACCCGCGUGGGCUUGCCCUCAUCCUGGCGGAUGCUGCCUUUCUUCCCUCUGGACGUGCGCUUGGUGGAGGAGAGCUCCUCCCCGACGGCCACGGCCUGGCAUCCUCCUGUCUUGCUGCUUUUGGCGGCGGGUGACAACCACACGAGGAUGGCAGCGCUGCCAUUCCCGACACAGCCGAGGGCCAGGCAGCUUUGGUUUCCGAGCUGGGCGGCAGAGUCGCCGCCUGCACGCAAGCAUGUGUUGUACUAUUGUACAUUGCACGCACCUGGGGGCUCUUCUGUUACUGCAGCCAUGACACUUUUCUGCACAAUGACCGCUAUCAUUGCUUGA